AUGGUGGAGCUGAUACAGAUCAACUCAUUGGCAUUGCUCAAUGUGUCGGACCAUAUAUCGAGAGAGAAAACGGGGAAGUAUGGAGUAUUAUUGGGGACUAAGAAUGAAUCAAAUGAUUCAAUUACAAUUGGUACUUCUUUUGAAGUGAAUUUUGAUGGAGACUCAAUUGAUUGGGAUCAUUUAAAUAAAAAGAUAAGUCUAAUGGAUACGGUAUUACCGCAGUAUCGGUUGAUUGGAUUAUAUCAAAUAAAUGAGAAUAUUAGUCCCAACGAAGAAACAAAACUAAUGAUUGAACAAUUUGCUAAUUCUAAUAUCUUAAUUUAUGUGAUAUUUGGUCUCAACAGUACUGAUGACCAGAUUGCAAAAGCUUACACUGUUGAUGAUUUGUCUCCAAUUAAUACCAGGAUUCAAACUACUUUUAUUGAAAGUGCUGCUACUUCUACCAUUAUAAAUCAUCAAUAUUACUCUAAUCAACUUGAGAAAUCAAAUCAGUUACCCAUUAAAGACGAUGGGUUGAAUAUCUCCUUAAACCAGCUCGAAUCAAAGAUGGAAAAAAUCUUGAAUUGUUUAGAUACUCUUCCUGAGGAUAAGAAAUUCGAAACUCAUAAGUUAGUUGUACAUUUAUCUAAUCGAUUGAAAUCGUACGAUCCUAAAAGUGAAUUGUCCGGAUUCAAUUCUAAAGCUCAGUCUAUUCAAUUGAGUAUACUAACCAGUCAAUUGGCUGCUAUUGAUAACUUGAACUAUCAAAUAUCGAAAAAUUUGAAAAGUUAUGGAAUAAAUAGCAGAUCACAAACCCAGUCCAAUUAG